AUGUCGUUUGAUUCGAAGACCUUUAUCAAUAUAUCUCCAGUUUUUAUUCUUAAUAAACAAGCUCAUCUGCUUAAAACAGAUUUAUCCUGGACUUGUGAAGAAAGUGGCCCAUUCCAUAACAAAGUGUUUCGCGUUAGUGUCAUUGUAAAUCACCAUAAUCUAAAAAGUUCUGAGAUAUAUUAUGGUGUUGGAAGCAGUGUCAAGGAAGCUAGACGGAUGGCUGCUGAAAGUGCUUUACAAACUUGUAUCUUAUUUAGGUACAAUGUUGGUUCAAGUAAUGGGGCUAUACGCACUGGAGGACCGUUUACAACACCGCGAAAUGCCGAUCCUUUCAUUAUUUUGAUUAAUUCUGAUCCAACAUCUUUAGCUCCAAAAGUACAGCUCAGGCAACUGCUUAAUUUACUUGGAUCAAGAGUGAGAUUUGUUCAUUCAAUGGGUGAUGCCAAUAAUAGUUUGCGUCCUAUCAUGUAUAGAGCGACAGCGGAGAUCGUUGGUCGACAAUAUGUUGGAAAUUCAACCACCAAAUCAGGUGCUGAACAAGAAUCAUGUUUAUCAGCUUUAAUGGCACUUCGUCGGUCAUUGUUGUCUUACAUCAAGACUCAGAAACUAAGGAAAAAAGAACAACACGAUCACGACAAUAUGUACAUUAAUCAGUGUAUUCAUCCAAAAUCAUCAGUUUGGAGAUUGCGCAUUCUCGCUGGUCUACAUUUCAUUCAGCCACUUUUUAAGAUCCAAAAGUUAACCAAUUGUGAACCAAAUAAAUUUACGUGUAUAUGUUUAUUAGAUGGUUGGAAGUAUACUGAAAAUCGAUCUAUCUCAGCUAAGAAAGCACAAAAUAAUGCUGCUCAAUCAAUGCUGAAUAAUAUGAAUAAAAUUGAGAACAAAUGCUCAACAGUUCCAUUUUAUGAUAAACAAUAUGAUGUUACAUCAAAAUAUGUUCAUAAACAAAAUCAUAAACCAUGUAAAAUCAAACUACAAUUUAAUCAGCAUCGUGCUUUUGAUGAAUCAGUACAUCCUGUUUGUAGAUUGGAAUGUUACAGCAUUGUUAAUAACUUGGAUAAAGUAAAAUAUACAUUAUUAAAUGAUCAAUUACCAAGUGGAGAACAUGCAUCUUUAGCACCCGGUCGUCCUCCAUUUAUCUAUCAGAUUGAGUUCUCAAACAUGUGUAUUCAAGGCCCUGAAGCGAAUAAUAAACGUCUAGCGAAACGACUUGCUGCUGAAUUACUCCUUACUAAAUUAGGAUUGUCUAAUGAAAAAUCAUCUCCUAAUGUCAAGAGUGUUCUUCGAAGUAAAGUUAUCGAAUCACUGGACAGUAAUAUUCAUGCUAUUAAAAGUGUUUCAGAAAAUCUGUCCUGUGGUGUUGUACCAGAAACUGUCAGUAAUGUACACAAAUCGUUAUCUCCCGUGGAAAAAUCAGACGAUCAAUCACAGAAUACUAUUUCUAACGAGGAACAUCAUGUGAACUUCAGUUGUACUAGUGAUAUUCUUAUCUUUGAUGAAGAAUUAGUGGACCCUGUUUUGUUGAGUAAAAGAACUUCUCGUCCCUUCAAAAGAAAAGAUAUUCAGUCUAGAACAAUAAGUAAUGGUUCGAUUCCGCGUUCUCACUCGAGUAUAAAUCUUUCAGUCAAUGAAACUAAUAACUUGCUUCAAAAUUAUUCUCCUACAUCAACUGAUCUACCGUUGAUUAAUUCAGUAUCUGAAAGGAAUAGGAAUAAUCUAGAUGUCUUUAGUAAAACCAUCGGUUAUUGGAUAGAUUCCAAAAAGUCAAAACCCAAUCAGAGGUCCUAUGCACGAAGUCAUUCGGAAGUCGAUUUCACUGAAGGCAGUCACUGGUAUCGAAAGUUCGAUGGCAUCUAUGAUAACACAUCUCUUGAUAUUAUUACUGAUUGUACACGUUCUAAAUCGAAUAUAAGACUACAACUUUUGGCCCGUGUCGCUGAGUAUUGUUUACAAGAACACGGUCCCAACAAUUCAAUACACAAAAUGAAUGAAUAUCAUACGAGUCAAGUUACCAGUUUAACUGAUCAACUGGUGUUUCUGUGUAGGCGUCUGCUUGUUCCUUGUCAUUUUAUUGAAUAUCCACCUAAAUUGAACAUAGUGUACAAGUCUGAAAAAGAAUUCAACACUAAAUAUUGUUAUGAAUACACAGUUAUCUUGUUUGUUGGUAUUAAUCCUAUGAAAGAGAAUUCAAUUAAUAGUAAUGGUUAUAUAACAGUAAAAGCUACAGAUUUAACAAGAAAUUCAGCAAGACAAAAAGCUGCCCAAAGUGUAAUAAAAUGUUUAACAAAAUUAAUUUGA